CAAUACCAAACAUUGCCUAAGGUAUACAGUAUCACAUUUCAAGUCUUUCUUCCAAUAGGUAAUAGUCCAUCAAUCAAUCAAGCAUAUAUCGUAAAGUCGAUGUAAGAUUUGCAGAAGCGUUCAGAUAUCGAACAUGAGACCCGGGCAUAUUAUAUCAACAGUGCUAACAGAACUUGUAUUACCCUACAUUUUACAUUAAUCGUCUUGAAAAACACCAUUGAUGCUCAGGCCAGCCACAAAUUAAAAUGCUGCACAAGCGGCUCAGGUUACUUCCAUCUUAUAGUUCCUGAGCUGCACGACUUGCACGCACACCUAGGGUACCAUUUGAAGAAGUAUGCCCCAAAGACACAUCAUUGCCUGGUCAAAUUAGGAUAUACCCUCCGCAAUUCCUGAAACAUGUAAACCUCAUGGAAAUGCUAGGUAUCUCUCUUUAAUACCGGUGAUCGGCACAAUGCAGGGUCGACAUUCGGCAGAUGAGUUGACGAGGUUAGCUACCUGCGGGGUAGACGAUAACCCCUAGCUGCACGAUAUAUGCGUAGAAGAUAUAAGGUGAUCUCAGAAUGGAGUACCAUACUCGGUCUUCUGAUGCUUCGUCAACCUUAGGUACCUACCUAUCAUAUCUUUACCUAACACGAUGUCUUUCUUGGAUGAAGCUCAGUCGGAAGUGCCCCUUCUCUCGGAGAACCACUCCGGUAUCCCGGAAUUUCUCCUAGAGAAAGCCUGGAAGGCCAAAGUCGGUAUCUUCGAAACGAGAACGAAACCCAAGGCCACGAAGGAAAGGCGACCUGUUAUCCCGCCUGGUGUUGAAGAGCAGGUGUUUGCUACUGCCCUCGAUGAGCUUAGCAAGCAGUUGGGCCAAGGCAACGUCGAACGGAACGACAAAGAGUUGAAGGAUGGCUGGUACAUGGAACAUCCAAAUACCCAUGAUUUAAUGACAAUACUCGAUGAGGAGGAACUGGUACCGUCCGCUAUGGUUUAUCCCGGAAGUACUGAGGAGGUUCAGCAAGUUGUACUGUGGGCGAAUAAAUAUCACAUCCCCAUUUUCCCCAUCUCCAUGGGUCGAAAUCUGGGAUAUGGCGGCGCAGCGCCCCGAGUACGUGGGUCCGUACUUGUUGAUCUCGGCAGGCGCAUGAAUAAGAUACUUGACAUUAGUCCAGAGGAUUAUACCUGCCUUCUUGAGCCGGGGGUCUCGUUCUUCGCCCUUUAUGAGGCGAUCAAGGCCAAGGGAUACGAUCACCUUUGGAUAGACGUCCCGGACGUGGGAGGUGGUUCCGUUAUAGGGAACACCGUAGAUCGCGGGGUUGGAUAUACUCCCUACGGUGAUCAUUGGGCAUGUCAUUCGGGCUUAGAAGUUGUGCUUCCAACUGGAGAGGUUAUACGAACGGGUAUGGGAGCUCUUCCGGGAAAUAAUACUUGGCAGACGUUUCCUUACGGAUUCGGUCCUUAUUCCGAUGGAAUAUUCUCGCAGUCUAACUUUGGAAUUGUGACCAAGAUGGGAAUGACUUUGAUGCCUAAUCCGGGCGGACAUGAAGGCUUUAUAUACACCUUCCAAAAGGAAGAAGACCUUGAUCAGCUAAUCGAAAUCAUUCGUCCGCUCCGCAUCAGCAACAUCCUGGAGAAUGUUGCACAGCUACGGCAUGUCACGCAAACAAUCGCAGUCCGCGGUCGGCCGCGGACUGACUUUUAUAAGGGCGAGGGCACGAUCCCAGACAACAUAGUGCACGAAGUCGCGGCCACCCUACCUAUUGGCGAUCAUACAUGGGUGUACUAUGGCAUGUCAUACGGUCCCCCGCAUAUCCGCCAGUACAAGCUCUCUAUUAUCGACACGGAAUUCAAGAAAGUCCCGGGUGCUCGUCGGAUUAAUCCAUCGACGCUGCCACAAGAUGAGUAUUUUUGGGCCAGAGAUCGCAUUGCCUCAGGCACUCCCGAACUCGAAGAGUUGCGUUGGGUUAACUGGAUGCCCAACGGCGCGCACAUCGCGUUUUCGCCUGUUAGCCCGAUCCGAGGCACCGAUGCGACGAAGUUGUUCGAACUUGCUAAGUGUAGGCAUAAAGAGUUCGGGGUAGACUUGUUUCCGGCGUUCUGUGUCGGUCUGCGCGAAAUGCAUCUAAUCGUCGAGCUUGUAUACGAUCGCGCGGAUCCAAAGCGUCGCAAGGACGUGCUGGACUGCCUACGAUAUAUGGUAGACGACGCGGCGGCUUGCGGGUAUGGGGAAUACCGAACGCACUUAGUCCUAAUGGACCAGGUCGCUGGAACAUAUAACUGGAAUGACGGUGCGCUGAUGAAGUUCCACGAGAAGUUGAAAGAUGCACUGGAUCCCAACGGUAUCAUGGCUCCCGGACGAUGCGGUAUCUGGCCGAAGAAGUAUAGGAACCGAGGGUGGGAGAUGACGAAAGCCAGUGGUGAGAAUUCUCAGGGUGAUGGCGUUGCAUCAUUGCCAUAGGUGCGGACUACACUGGGCGAAGCAAGCUGGUCUAACCUCAUUAUAAAAUCAGAGUUUCUAAUUGAACUAUCGUUGGCUCACAUUUGUCGAUAUACCAUGAGUAAAAGAAGUCAUAACCAGUUAGAUAGGUCCGAUAAAUCGAACCAUCAAUUCCGACAGCUCGGAACAACCGGCUGCAUGUCUAUAAUGUUAAAAUUCUAAGUCUGACAAUCUUUCCACCAAAGAUUACAAAAGAAGCGAUAGUAUCCAAAAUAAAAAUCUAUCCAUUGGUAUCUAUCCUCAAAGUGUUUUUGUCAGUGUUACACGGCAUGUAUUAUAAGUUGGGGUCCCUUCCAAUCUUCCAAUGGGCUAGGUUAACAGAGUAUCAUGGUUAUGCAUGAUAUACGCAAGGGCGA